AUGGCACUGAGAAGAGCGUUUUACAAAUUGGCUAGCAGCGGGGGAUCUUCCCGCAACGUUAACAGGGUCCGAGCGCUAAGCACACAGAACGCGCACAAGGAAAAUGAUGGACAAUCAUCAAAACAAACUCAUUUUGGUUUCCAGUCGGUGGAUGAGGAAGAGAAGUGGAAAAAAGUGCAUGAAGUGUUUGAAACAGUAGCGGAGAAGUAUGACGUGAUGAACGAUGCGAUGUCGUUCGGCAUCCAUCGCAUCUGGAAGGACAUCUUCAUGAACCGCCUCGCUCCCACACACGGCACCAAGCUCCUCGACAUGGCGGGAGGCACUGGUGAUAUCACAUUCCGGUACAUCAACUACUUGAAGAACCUGGGCCCCCCUCCUGCCGGCAAGGAGAGCAGCGUCACCGUUUGCGACAUCAACCAAGCCAUGCUGGAUGUGGGCAAGCUCCGAGCACAGAGACAGGGCUAUACCAAGGAGUCAUGCGGCGUGGAGGUUAGUUGGGCGUGCGGCGACGCGGAGAAGCUCGCGCUGCCCGACGACGCCUUCACGGCGUAUACCAUCGCAUUUGGCAUAAGGAACUGCACCCACAUCGAUAAGGUGUUGGAGGAAGCAUAUCGGGUACUAGCGCCGGGCGGGCGCUUCAUGUGCCUGGAGUUCAGCCACAUCCCCAAUGACACGCUGCAGUGGGUAUACGACCAGUACUCGUUCCAAGUGAUCCCGGUGCUGGGGCAGCUGAUCGCCGGCCAGUGGCGCCCCUACCAGUACCUCGUCGAGAGCAUCCGCCAGUUCCCCAACCAGGAGAAGUUCAAAGGCAUGAUCGAGGACGCGGGCUUCCGGCAGGUCACGUACGAGAACCUCACCUUCGGCACCUGCGCCGUCCACUCGGGCUUCAAGAUAUAGCCCCCCUUGCUCUAGUCAACUUAGGUAGGAACGGCCUUGUAGGAAAAUAGACUUAAGCCCGUUUUCACCAUCAAUCCCUAAUUUCUAAGUGACCCUUAUG